GACCUGCUUAUUAGAGAGAGAGAGGGGAAGAGAGAGAAGGGUUACCCUCAAGAAAAGAAUCAAAGGCAAUUCACGAAUUCAGGGGAAAACACAGAGAAACAGUCACCACUAGAGCCAAGAGAAGAGAGCUCUCAUUCUUUGGCCCACAUUGAAAUAUUGAAUGCACCAUUGUUUUUGUUCUUCUUUUUAGGUCUAGUGUUCUCUCACUUUCAGUUCAUUGUUUAAUGAGAAGAGCUUCAAGUGUAUAAAAGAGAAGAGAACAGACAGACAGACUCCUCUACAUCUCUUGCAUUCUUUCUGGACGUGUGCAUAUUUUUUCUCGCCAAAGACAUGAUAUUCUUUCUUCUGGCCCUCUCUUCCCACUGGUUUUGAAGGCUGGGAAAAGAACAGUUCUUGAGGGAUUCUCUUGUUUCUUACUGGGUAUGGAUACUAAAGGGAGGCUUGUAGCUGGUUCGCACAACAGGAAUGAGUUUGUACUCAUCAAUGCUGAUGAGAUUGGCAGAGUGACUUCGGUGAAGGAGUUGAGUGGACAGAUCUGUCUAAUUUGUGAAGAUGAGAUUGAAUUAACUGUUGAUGGGGAGCCUUUUGUUGCCUGCAAUGAAUGUGCAUUCCCAGUUUGUCGACCCUGCUAUGAAUAUGAAAGAAGGGAGGGUAAUCAAUCCUGUCCUCAGUGCAAAACCAGAUACAAGCGUAUCAAAGGAAGUCCCAGAGUUGAUGGAGAUGAAGAGGAAGAUGAAUUCGACGAUUUGUGUAAUGAAUUUGAUUAUAAAUGUGAUGAAAUGAGGGGUAGAGAUCUCCGGCAUGUCACCGAGGGGUUUAAUAUAGGACGAUGUGCCUCUGGAAUCACAGUUCCCUCAGAGAUGGAAGGCUCAGCUAUCAAUCCAGACAUUCCUCUCCUUACUUAUGGCCAAGAGGAUGAUACAAGUUUUGCAGACAACCAUGCUCUCAUUAUUCCCCCUUUUGUCGGCCGAGGAAAUCGUGUCCAUCCUAUGCCAUUCUGUGAUUCGUCUAUGACGAUGAAGCCGCGCCCGAUGGAUCCUACAAAAGACUUGGCUGUGUAUGGAUACGGUACGAUUUCAUGGAAGGAAAAAAUGGAGGAUUGGAAGAAAAAUCAGAACGAUAAACUUCAAGUGAUCAAGCAUGGGGCAGAUACAGAUGGUGUUCAUGAUUUACCAAUGAUGGAUGAAGGGAGACAACCACUUUCUAGGAAGCUCCCGAUUCCUUCAAGCAAGAUAAAUCCUUACAGAAUUAUCAUUCUUCUCCGAAUGGCUAUUCUCGGAUUGUUCUUUCACUACAGAAUUCUUCACCCUGUCAAUGAUGCCUAUGGAUUGUGGCUAACUUCAAUUAUAUGUGAGAUAUGGUUCGCCGCAUCAUGGAUCUUUGAUCAGUUCCCAAAAUGGUUCCCGAUUGAGCGAGAAACAUACCUUGAUCGACUCAGCCUCAGGUAUGAGAAGGAAGGGAAGCCAUCUGAGUUAGCUCCCGUUGAUAUAUUCGUUAGUACUGUGGAUCCAAUGAAGGAACCUCCACUCAUUACUGCAAACACAGUUCUUUCUAUACUUGCUGUGGAUUACCCAAUCGACAAAGUUGCUUGCUAUGUCUCUGAUGACGGCGCCGCAAUGCUGACAUUCGAAGCUCUGACCGAGACAUCAGCGUUCGCCAGGAAAUGGGUCCCGUUCUGCAAGAAAUUUAGAAUAGAACCUCGAGCGCCCGAAUGGUAUUUUGCACAGAAGGUCGAUUACUUGAGAGACAAAGUAGAUCCAACAUUUGUUAUGGAGCGUCGCGCAAUGAAGAGAGAAUAUGAAGAGUUCAAAGUUCGAAUAAAUGGAUUGGUUUCCAAGGCACAAAAGGUUCCUGAGGAGGGUUGGACAAUGCAAGAUGGAACUCCAUGGCCGGGAAAUAAUGUCAGGGAUCAUCCGGGAAUGAUCCAGGUAUUCUUAGGACAAAAUGGAGUUCGGGAUAUUGAAGGGAAUGAGUUGCCAAGUCUUGUAUACAUUUCCCGCGAGAAAAGACCUGGAUUCGAGCAUCACAAAAAAGCCGGCGCCAUGAAUGCUUUGAUACGGGUGUCGGCUGUUAUCUCGAAUGCUCCCUACAUACUCAAUGUUGAUUGUGAUCAUUAUAUAAAUAACAGCAAGGCACUCAGGGAGGCAAUGUGCUUCAUGAUGGACCCUCAAUCUGGGAAGAAGAUAUGCUAUGUCCAAUUCCCACAAAGAUUCGAUGGAAUUGAUCUGCAUGAUAGAUAUUCGAAUCGCAAUGUGGUUUUCUUCGAUAUAAACAUGAAAGGGCUUGAUGGGAUCCAAGGUCCGAUUUACGUGGGAACAGGAUGUGUCUUCCGAAGGCAAGCACUAUACGGCUACGAUGCUCCCAAGAAAGUGAAACCCCCAGGCAAGACAUGCAAUUGCUGGCCAAAAUGGUGUUGUUGCUGUUGUGGAUCGAGAAAACCGAACAAGAAAGGGAGAUCGAAGGAUAACAAGAAAAGGAUCAAGAACAGGGAAGCUUCGACUCAAGUUCAUGCACUUGAAAACAUCGAGGAAGGAUUAAAUGGUGAGAAAAAAAUGAACGUAUGGACCAUUUUUCUUUUUAAUCGAUUCACUCACUUGAACACGUUGUUUAUGGCAGGACAUGACAACGUUGUUUCACCCCUCGAGCACCAGAUCAAGUUAGAGAAAAAAUUCGGACAGUCGCCAAUUUUUAUUGCAUCGACACUUGUGGAACAAGGCGACAUUCCUCUAGGCUCAUCAUCGGCGUCACUCCUGAAAGAGGCUAUCCAUGUCAUUAGCUGUGGUUAUGAAGACAAAACAGAAUGGGGGAAGGAGGUUGGAUGGAUUUAUGGUUCUGUUACCGAAGAUAUCUUAACCGGGUUUAAGAUGCAUUGCCACGGCUGGCGAUCAGUUUACUGCAUCCCCAAAAGACCUGCAUUCAAAGGAUCAGCUCCCAUAAAUCUUUCAGAUCGAUUACAUCAGGUUCUGCGAUGGGCCUUAGGAUCUGUCGAAAUUCUCUUGAGCAAGCAUUGCCCUAUUUGGUAUGGAUACAGGUGUGGCCUCAAACCACUAGAGAGAUUUUCGUACAUAAACUCGGUUGUCUAUCCAUUGACAUCCCUUCCCUUGAUAGCUUAUUGCACAUUGCCAGCAGUUUGUCUUCUCACCGGGAAAUUCAUCGUCCCUGAGAUCAGCAACUAUGCUAGUAUAAUUUUCAUGGCCCUGUUUAUAUCGAUAGCUGCAACGAGCAUUCUUGAAAUGCAGUGGGGAGGAGUUGGAAUCGACGACUGGUGGAGAAACGAGCAGUUUUGGGUGAUUGGUGGCGCGUCGUCGCACCUGUUUGCUCUAAUCCAAGGCCUGCUAAAGGUUCUGGCGGGCGUAAACACAAACUUCACAGUUACUUCGAAGGCAGCCGACGAUGGAGAGUCGUCUGAGCUGUACCUGUUCAAGUGGACAACACUUUUGAUUCCUCCCAUGACUUUGAUGAUCAUCAACAUCAUCGGCGUCAUAGUUGGAGUUUCGGACGCCAUAAACAACGGAUACGAGUCAUGGGGACCUCUAUUUGGGAAGCUGUUCUUCGCAUUUUGGGUCAUCGUUCAUUUAUAUCCUUUCCUCAAAGGUUUCAUGGGGAAACAGGACAGGCUUCCUACCAUCAUCGGGGUUUGGUCGAUUCUUUUGGCUUCUGUGUUCUCGUUGCUUUGGGUUCGCAUCAAUCCGUUCGUGUCGAGAGCCGGGAUCGUUCUUGAAGUCUGCGGGUUGGACUGUGAUUAGAGAGUUAGAUGAUUGUUUGUUGUAGAUACAAAAGAGAGAGAGCAAGAAGCCACAUUUAAUUUAUUCUGUUGUUCUUGCAAGGUCUUCAUUUGUUCAUUCUUGGGACAAAUCUUGUCUGUGUUUUUGGGCAUUUCAUUAGGUAUGUUCCCAUGUCAAUAAUGGCAUAGGGCCAUGGUUUUGUAAUACAGAAAAACAUCCAUUUUGGUGUACGAACAGCCAUCGUUUUCCCUAGGGAUGGCCUGCAAUGCAUUAUCAUCAA